UCUCGCUGGUCUGCAGUCAGUCAGAUGGCCGUGGUGAUGAACAGGUUCAGUCCUGACUGCCUGAUGUUAUAAUAUCUUGUGGGACGGCUGAGAGACGGAUUGUUGCUGAGAUGGAGUCCAUUUCUGCUUCGAGGAAGAAGAUUGGCUGUGUGCGGCAGGAAAACGCCUGUCUGACUCUGCAGGAUGAGCAGCUCAUCAGUGACCUGGAUGCAAUGCAGUAUGAAAUGGCUACCUCCAAAUCUCAGGUCUACCUCAGGGGCCCUAGGGCUGGGGUUCACAACAAUGUGGUGGUCAUGAGUGAACAGAUUCGUCAGCUUGAAGCGGAGCUGGAGGCUCAGGCCAAAGAACUUAAGGCAGCAGAGCUGAGGGCAGAGUGUUGUCAGGAAGCUGCAGCUCACAGCGACAUUGUGGUAGCGACUCUUACUGAAGAGCUGAGCACACUCAGGGAGGAGCUGGAAAACAAGACGGCGUUAGGAAAACGGGCAGAGCAACAGAGGAAUCAAGCACUUGAAAAUGCAGAGAAGCUCAAAGAAGCCUUCAAAGAUUAUAAGGCUACAAUUUCCAUUAAGCUUAAAAGGGUGAUGGAGAGUGAAAACAAACUAAAAGGAAGUCUCAUAGAGUGUGACCGAGAGAAAGAGGAGCUGGAGAUGAAGUGCACUGAGCUGGAGAGACAGAAGGCAGAACACAGACAGACAAUUAGUCAGCUGACGGAGGAGGUGAAACAGUUUAAGGCUGCGGCCGCUCGCCUCCAAGCCCAAAUUGAAGAGGCUGGACAUAAAGCUUCGCACCUGGAGCGGCAGCUUAUGGAGCGAGGUGCAGAGUGCAGGGAUGUGGCCUCUUUGCGGAGGGAACUGGAAGACCUGCGGGCUGUGACCCACAGCCAGGAGCAGAAGGUCGCCCAGAGCCAGAAAGAGGCUCAGCUGAGCCAGACAGAGCUGGCCGGCUUGGAGGCCAUACUGUCCCUGCUGCAUCUGCGGGAGGGCACUUUGGGUCAAAUCUGUGCCAGUCCUUGCAUGUUGCCCCCAGUGGACUAUACGGGAGCUGCACACCUGAUGAAGCUAAAGCCAGGUGAGGGCUACCAGCAGCUCAUGCGAGUGCUGCAGUCAAAGGAAGCUGAGCGGCUGAAACAGAGCAACCUGAUCGAGCGGCUUCAGGAUCGUCUGAGCAGGGCCCAGGAGGAAAUCUCCUCCCUGCAGAGCUCCAUGGCCCAGAGAGCCUCCCACUACCAGAGCCUCCACACAGAGCUGCUGGACAAACUCAAACAAGCCACAGACACAGAGAAAGAGUUAAAGAAGAAGAAGGCACGAGUUGCCGCACUGGAAAAGCAGUUACAGGAGAAGACUUCAGCCUACAGUCUGGCUGCACUGAAAAACACUGAGCUGGAGACUCAAUUACAGGAGAAGACCAGCAGCAUCCAGCAUUACCAGUCACUGCUGACCAAAAAGCAACGAGAGUAUCAGCAGUCUCUGGAAAAGUGUCAGCAGUCUCAUUCUCACCAAUUCACAGAGCAGCAACAAAGAAUACAAAUGCUGCAGUUGUCUCUGGAAGAGGUUCAUCCUCUGGUGGCAGAGAUGGAGCAGGAGUUGAGUUCCCUCCAGAGGGAGCGAGACGAGGCUCAGAGAACAGCUCUGUUGCUGCAGAACUCUCUAGAUCAGCUCACACAGGAGAAGCAGGUGGAAGUCAGACAGAACGAGGAGUUUCUCCAGAGUUUCAAAGAGCAGGCAGCUCGCUCUGCAGCCAAGGUGUGUGAGCUGCAGUCGUCUCUGUCAGCAUGCAGAAAAGAGAUGAACUCAUACCUGCAGCAGAUAGAAGAGAUGAAGAAGAACUACGAGACCGAGCUGGAGAGGAACAAGGAGAAGGUACAGUGUUGGUAA